AUGGGUGGUUGUGCGACUAAACCGAAGGUUGCGAAAGAUGGUGAACAGCCUGAACCUGAACCUCAACUGGUCAAGGAAGACAUUGUUGAAACCAAACAUGAACCGCUGUUACAGGAACAGGAACAGGAAGAGCGUGGUAUCAAUCUUAAAGAUGUUGACCAUAUUUUAGAUCAUGAUCAUGAUCACGGGAAUACACGUCGGUCUCUUAGCUUGUUGUUCAACAAAGAGAAUGAAGACGAAAAGGUUUCCACAGAAAAUGAAAAAACCAAAGCUGAGGAAACGGCGAAACAUGAAACAUUAGAAGACAAGGAACCUUUGGAGGAUGCUAACAGCAUCGAGCCAACGGUGAAACACGAAUCUCCAAAGAAAGAGGAGAAACUAUAUCAGGAAAGCAAGAUCAUUGAGCCAGGUGAAAAACAAGAAUCUGCAGUGGUUGUCGAUGAUGUUGAGGAAGUAUUUUCACUACAUUAUCCAGCUAAAGAGAGUGUGAAGACAGGAAUACCAGAAACAGCCAAGAAAAGUUCAGAAGAAACUAUAAUCAUUGAACCAGCAAAAGAAACAGUGGUGAAACAAAAUCAAAAAACUAAUGCAGCUGAGAAUGAAGAUGCAAAGUUUUCCACAGAAAAUGAAAAAACCAAAGCUAAGGAAACUGUGAAACAAGAAACAUUGGAAGACAAGAAAACAUUGGUGGAUGCUAAAAUCAGUGAGCGAGCAGUGGAACAAGAAUCUCCAAAAAGAGAGGAAAAACUAUCACAGGAAACCAGAAGCAAUGAGGCAGCUACAGAACAAGAACCUGUGGUGGAUGCUAAAAUCAGCAAGCCAACAGUGAAACAUGUAUCUCCAAAGACAGAAGAGAAACUAUUUCAGGAAACCAAAAUCAAUGAGCCAGUUACAAAACAAGAAUCUGCUGUUGUUGUUGUUGAGGAAAAACCUACAUUGCAAAACAAAAUCACUGACUCUGCAGCUGAUGUGGUUGUGAAGACAAAAACACCAGAAACUAAAAUCAAUGAACCAGUGGUGGAAGAAACAGCGGUGAAACAAAAUCAAAAUGCUAUUGCACCUGAGGUAACUGUGACUGUGACAAAGACAGAAACACCGAAAGCUGAGAAGGUUUCGGAGGAAACACAAAGCAAUGAGUUGAGCAAACCAAUCAAGCAAGAAAAAUCAUCCGAGACUAAUCCUAUGGGAGAUGUGGCAGUUUCUCCGCCUAAGAAGAAAGUAAUUGAAGUGGUUUUACCAACAGCAGAAUCUGCGGAGAUCAAAGCACUGGAAACAACAUCUAGCAUAGGAGAGAAAAGCUAUUUUGAUGCUGUGGUUUCGCCAAAGGCUUCUGAUGUUGACAGUGAUAAAGCUUCUCUCUCUUAA